AUGUCCACGACGACGACAACGACGUCUCGAAGCUCCUCGGUGCCCUCGGCAAGAUCUUGGUUUGCCGAUAGCAACAGUGGUGGUAGUAUCAAGAACACCAGUGUCUCCAUCGAGCCCUUACCACCAUCAUUCGUCAAGGCGAUGGAGCAGAGCGAGCCGGAGCUUCAGGCUCAGGCACAGGCUUUGGCGUUGAAGGCGGCUUUGGCUUCUGCGAACCCGAAGACUAUUGCCAAAAAGGCUAAGCGUGAGGCCGAGGCCACUGCUGCCGCACUGACAGCGGCGGCGGCGGCGGCACAAAGUCAAGGAGAGGGUCAGUCGCAGGGUGUUGUGAUGGCUGAUGCCGAUUCUUGUUCGACCGUCAGUGCUUCGAGCCUCAGUGCAUUCCGACGCUACGCUUGGGACUUGAUGUCCCUCGCGGCCCUCCCGCACUGCAUCCUCAGGCGAGCAGUGGGAUAG